AUGUUUCUGUCCGAGUCUGAGGAUGAGUUCGAGCAGCUGCCCUCAGAUUCGGACUCUGAGAGCGAGUGCAGCCUGGACGAGGACGACACUCCGAGGGGGCUGGGUCACGGAUCGGAGAAGGAAACCUUCACUGAGGAGGACAGUUCGGAUGAGGAGGGGAAAAGUCGGCCCACGAAGAGAAGAGCUUCCAGGAGGCAGCGCCGUUCCGCAUCUUCUCCACUGUCGUCUCCACUGUCGUCACCCCUCAAAUCUGCAUCUAAGAAAUUGGAACAGAGUCCCCGGAGAAAGAAGAUCCACUACGAAUCUACACCCCCAAAAAACUCCUCCUCUCCCAACGCCGGCAAGACAUUCUCCAGACCCUGCAGGAAAUCUCAGAGUGGGAAGCAGCAAGCGGAAAGACGUCUCGCAAAUGAGGAUGAAGCCGACGACGAAGAUCAGUGGCGUAACAUUGACGAGGAGGACGCUGAGCCUCCUCAGCCGCAUUUCAGACCUGAAAGGGAUGUUGGGCCGCAGCUGAACAGAACAGCGGAUUACACGCCACUCGAGCUCUUCCAGCUCUUCUUCUCCACGACGGUGAUUGACACAUUGGUGAAAAACACCAACGCCUACGGGGAAAAGAAAUCCCAAGUUCAGAAGGAAAGACACGUGACCGUCACAGCGGCCGACAUGUACUCCUUCAUCUGCAUCGUCCUCUACAUGGGCAUCGCGCCGCUGAAAACUCUCAGAGACUUCUGGAGAGGCUCUCGGCUCUUCAACCUGCCGUUCCCCGCCUCCGUCAUGCCCUGCAGGCGCUUCCUCGCCAUUUCCCGCAGCCUGCACAUGAACGAUCCGGCUGUCGAAGCAGCCAAUGACCAAAAAAAGGGGACGCCGAGUUACGACGUGCUUUGCAAAAUAAAGCCGCUGUAUGAGCAGAUUCUGGAGGCCUGCCACACCUUCUUCCAUCCCUACCAGCACAUCUCCAUCGACGAGCGGAUGGUGGCGAGCAAAGCCAAGAUCAGGCUCAAGCAGUACAUUAGAAACAAGCCCACUAAAUGGGGCUUCAAGCUUUUCGUGUUGGCGGACUCCGUGUGCGGCUACACCCUGAACUUUUUUGUGUACGGGGGGAAAGAAAGUGAGCCCACAGGGAAGGGGCUGAGCUAUGAUGCUGUCAUGAGGCUGCUGAACAUCCCAUUUCUGGGUAAAGGAUACAAGCUCUAUGUGGAUAACUUCUACACCAGCCCAACUCUUUUCCUUGACCUGCUCAAGAGAAAAAUCUGGGCAUGUGGCACCGUUCGUGCCAACGUAGCCGGUUAUCCCAAGCCGAAAAAGAACAACAGGCCGACGAAAACCCCGAGAGGAACCAUCCGCUGGCUCAGGAAAGGACAGCUGCUGUUCGUGAAGUGGUUCGACACCCGGGAGGUGAUGAUGUGCACCACGAUUCACAAGGCGUACAGCAACGACAUGGCAAAGCGCAAAGUGAAAGACGCAGACGGACAGUGGACAGUGAAGCUGGUGCCGAUUCCAGGCUGCAUUAGAGACUACAACCAGUACAUGGGGGGCGUGGACCUGUCGGACGCGCUCAUCGGCUACUACAACGUGAUUCACAAGACCAGGAAAUGGUACAAGACUCUGUUUUAUCAUUUAGUGGACAUAGCCACGGUGAACGCCUUCAUUCUCUACAAAGAAAUGUGCAAACUGCAUAAACGGCCUUUAGUCACGCAAAAGAACUUCAGGGAACAGCUGAUCUUGUCCCUGGCCGAGAUCGGUUCUACUCCGCGCCGCUCAGGUCCGCAAAACUUCAUGUCUGCCUCUCCCUUUAAAAGACCGCCUGUUUCUCCAUUCAAAGUCCCGCCUGCCUCCCCGUCCGACGCCACCUCACCUCCCUCCAACCCCGACGCCGCCCCCGGCUCUCCCUCCGCAGCGCCGCCUCCUUCCGCCGAGGCUCCACCAGCCUCCGACGCUCCGGGUUUAGGUCACCUUCCUGCUUACUUUGUAGAACAAAUGAGCAACGUGGCCUCCAGGAGCCGGGCCACCGCCGGCAGGAGGGCGUGUGUGGUCUGCAAGAGGAAGUCGCCGGUCUAUUGCAGCGUGUGUCAGAAAACGCUUUGCUUCACUACAUUAAGGAACUGCUACAGCGAGUGGCAUCGAAGUAAUAACGUCUGUGUUUAG